AUGUGUGACGCGGCGCCGUCCUUCAACGAGGCAAUUGAGGACUCGUUGGCGGUCCCACCAGACCAGCACAGCGUAGUGAGCAACAGCAGCAACAGGUCACCACGACGAUGGGACGACCCACCCGAGGAAGGGCCCGGCGCGCCGCCCCCGGAAAACAUCACCACCAUGGUUUUCAUCAAGGGCAUGAGCGUGCGGCCCUACCUGGUUAGCGAAAUCUUGCAGCUCAUUUUCCCGCCCUCGGGGACGCACAUUGCCGCAACCUUCCCCGAGCCCACAAAUACAUUCAACUACCGCCCAGAUGGAGCCCGCACCCUCUCGGCAUGGGACGCCGCCACGGGCCAGCGCCUGGCCCCGCCGUCAUACACGGGCGCCAACCCCUCCCGCUUUGGCGUCGCCCUCACGCGCGGCUUCGCCUUCAAGCCCUCGGGCACCGACAUGAUCGUCGCCUGUCCGUACCUCUACGGCGCCCAGCCGCACCAACCUAUCCCCCGCCUUGAAAUUUACGACCUUGGCCGCCGCAAAAGACUGCUCAAGCAGGAACUGCCCAUCCGCGCCCCCCUGGCCUGGAGCCCGGACGGCACCGCCCUCGCCGCCGUGUCGCUGCGCGAUCCCCGCCGUGUUGUCAUGCUGAACCUCGACCCUGCGGAUGCCAAGCAUGGGUCCAUCCCGCUCACCAAACCGGGGCAGGUGCUGAUGGGCCACCUGGACGAGAUAGUGCUGCUGGCGUUUUUGCCCGCCUCCGGUAAGGGGGGCGCGCUGGUCAGCGCGGGGAAAGAUGGGCAGGUGCGCAUCACGAGCGUCGAGUCUGGGCGGACGCUGCGCCGGAUCGAGGUGGCGGCGCGGCUGCCACCGAGCAUCCUGCAGGUAUCCCCGGGCGGGGACCUGGUGGUGACGGUGUGGGGCCGCGACGUGGUGGUGUGGUACCUCGACACGGGGAGGGUGCACACCUACAACCUGAACGCGGUGCGGCAGGCCGAAGGGUGGCCGCUGGCCGUGUCGCCCGACUGCAGGUACCUGGCGUGCCGGACCGAGGACGGGGUGGACGUGAGCGACGUCGCGACGGGCAAGUUCCGCGGCGAGUUCCCGCGGAGCGGCCCCCCCGCCACGGCGGCCGCGUUUGACAGGGACGGGAGGCGGCUUGUGAUAGGGGACUAUACGGGAGGCCUGCAGCUGUUGGAAGUGAUCACGGCUUGA